GCUCUGGGGCGCGCGCAGAGGCGACAGUCAUGGAGGGAGCCGGAGCCGGAUUUCGGAAGGAGCUGGUGAGCAAGCUGCUGUAUCUCCACUUCAGGGACAGUAAAACCAGAGUGAGCACAGACGCCCUGCAGCUUGUGGCUGAGAUGCUGCGGAUCUUCGUCAUAGAGGCUGCCGUCCGUGGGGUCCGGCAGGCCCAGGCAGAGGACCUGCCUUGCGUGGAUGUGGACCAGCUGGAGAAGGUGCUCCCUCAGCUGGUAUGUGGGCACCUGAUUCCCUGGACAGGCCCAGCAGGGAACAGACGCUGAGGGGCGGUGGGCCAGGUGGCAAGGCUCUGAGUGCCCCCUUUGCCUUCCAGCUGCUGGACUUCUAGAGAGCUCCCUGCCUGCCUAUGCCCAGGCUCUGGCAUCCCUGUUCCAGGACCAGUGUGUGCUGUCUUCUGUGGCCUUUGGUUUCAGGCAGGGGAGGACCUGAGGGGCUUAGAGCUGAUCAGCCCAGCUCUACAGACACUGGUACCAGAGCCUCCCACCUGGACCACAUCACACCCUGGGGACCCAGUGGGGGUCUAUGCACCUACGUGUGGAACAAAGACCGGCGAAACCAACCACCAAUCUGCACAGACUAACAGAGCGCUGCCUCCUUCCCGGCGCUCCUGCCACACUCUGGCAUUGCCCUCUGGUAUCAGAGCUGGUCUGUGACUUUCCCUCACACGGUGCUUCCCUGAGAUGUAAAUUGUUUUCAUAAAGGAGUGUCCUAGUUCCACACA